ACCCUGCGCGGCGUGCGAUUGUGGUGCCGAAAUUCACGAGCGGUGAACGCGUGAAGCUCAGGAUAGCAGGCCUGCCGCUUUAAUGUUUUGCCCAAUUCUUCACCCAGUGUUCUCAAAAAAACGGGAAAAACUCAAAAUAUGUGGAAAAGUCCCGAGUGAUUCACACCCCUUUGAAAUUACGAAGCAAUAAUGCCGUUGGAAUUCAUUGUAUCGAUGAGUAUGAAGUGCAAGAGACAUUGGUUGCGGUAAUAGCAAAUGUAAUAACGGAUGGAAUCGUUCGAUUAAUCCGUCAGAGACCCUUUGUCAUGGACAUGCAGGCGCCGAACGGAAUGAAUGUUUGUGUGAAUCCAGUGUACGCCUCCAUCCCUGGUAUUCCCGAAUUGGGAAUGGUAUGGAUGGGUGACAUGAUGGUCCAUGGUGAACCUAGUCACGAGCUGAUGCUGGAUCCACGUCAGGCUGAGAGUUCGUAUUUCACUCAUGGAACCCAUGCAUUUGAUAAUAUUAGAAAUCAUCAAAUGGCACAGACAACAAUGGUCAGAUAUAUGCCCCAACAAUUUACGAAUGAGUGCUCGGAAACUGAGGAAACUAUGGAGCCUCCUGAUGGACAAGAUAUGCAUCAGGAGUACGAGCCUCAGGCAGACAAUCCAGAAAUGAGUGAAUAUCUCACUCUGGAUGACUACAUAGAGGAGGAGCAGAUGGAAAUGGUAGUAAACAAUGCAGCAACGCAGACAACCCAAGACAGUAGAAAUCGCAAGAUCAAACCCAUAAAACACCCAAAUCUGGUCCUGAAGACCCCAAUAGCGUACCAGCCGACAACAGACCUCAACUUCAUUCCCAUCCGCAAGGAUGGUAUAGCGGUUUGCGAGAAAUGUGGUGCGAUAGGUGUGAAGCACGCCUUCUACACGAAAGAGCGUAGAUUCUGCAGUCGAGCCUGCGCCCGCUCUUCAGAGCACCACCUCCACAAUCCCAACGCGGACUCCACGAGGAGUCCCUCCCACACGUCGGACCAGUCCUCAACGAGUUCAGACCCACCGGGUGAUAGCUCGAACCCUCCCCAGCCGUCCAACGUCUCUAGAAAGGAGGCCAAAGCCAAGAGGAGCGACGAGGAGGACUCGAGGGACUGUGGCAAGAGGGAAACUGAGAUGGAGGACGUGGUUAAUGAGCCUGUGAUGCCUGACGAGCUUCCCGUCAGACGAAAGAGGACAGCUGAUAUGGAGGGUUCAUACGAUUGGACACCUCAGCUCACAGAACCAGGUUUCUGUGCUGCGCCUGUCUCUUGCUUCAAACAUGCCCCAAUUUCCGAGAUCUGGGACAAUAUUACGGUGGGGAUGAAGGUGGAGGUGGAGAAUACCGACUGUGAUGAGGUCUGCGAGGCAUUUCCAGACUCAUUUUGGGUCGCCACUGUGCUCAGAAUCUCGGGUUAUCGAGCACUUCUGAGGUACGAGGGAUUUGGACACAACUCUGAGAAGGACUUCUGGGUGUCCCUCUGCUCCAACGAUAUCCACCCAGUGGGUUGGUGUGCAACAAUAGGCAAGCCCCUUAUCCCCCCAAACUCAAUCUCCAACAAGUACAAAGACUGGAAGGACUUCUUGAUGCGCCGACUAACUGGUGCCAGAACUCUUCCCACUAACUUCUACAACAAGGUGAAUGACAGCAUGAAAUCACGAUUUCGUUGUGGCCAGCACUUGGAAGUGGUAGACAAGAAUCGAAUAUCUCAGGUGAAGGUCGCGACAAUUCAGAAAAUUGUGGGUAAACGUCUGCACGUGAGAUACUAUGAUUCAUCACCUGAUGACAAUGGUUUUUGGUGCCACGAGGAUUCACCCUUGAUUCACCCUGUUGGCUGGGCAAAACAAGUGGGCCAGACCCUUGACGCCUAUCCAGACUACCUCGACAGGAUAAACACAGGAAGAUUAUCCCAGGAGGAUUCCACUGAGAAUCUCUUCCACGUGCCAAAGAAUCAUCACCUCACUCUGGGGUACACUUUUCGUGAGGGAAUGAAAAUCGAGGCGAUAGAUCCAUUGAAUCUGUCAGCCAUAUGUGCUGCUACCAUCAUGCAAGUGCUCAAGGAGGAUUACAUAAUGAUCAGGAUUGACAGUUACGACGAGGACACUAGUGGAGCGGACUGGUUCUGCUACAACGUCAGCUCUCCCUGUAUCUUCCCUAUUGGAUUCUGUGCCCAGCAUGGACUACCAUUAACCCCACCAAAAGGCUACGAUCCAACAGCCUUUACUUGGGACAGUUACCUGGCUGAAUCCAACACCGUCCCAGCACCAGUGCAAUUGUUCAACCGAGAAGUACCCCAGCAUGGAUUUGUGGAGGGAAUGCGGCUAGAGGCAGCUGACCUGAUGGAUCCCAGACUCGUAUGCGUUGCCACGAUCACAAGGGUAAUCGGGAGACUCCUUCGUGUACACUUCGAUGGCUGGGAGGAUGAGUACGACCAGUGGCUGGACUGCCAGAGUCCUGAUAUUUAUCCUGUCGGCUGGUGCGAUCUGGUGGAUCAUAAACUCGAGGCACCGAGGAUUCUCGUGAAGAACUCCACAGUCAAGAGCCCCAGUGUCAAGAGUCCACGUGGCUUCAAGCGCAAGGCCAAAAGGAAAGUCAGGAAGGGAAAGGUAACGGGGAGGAAUAUUCUGCCCAGGCACAGUGAAAGGCUGGGUGGCCUCAGGGAGAGGACGAGGGGCAGGGAGGAGAUGGGAAUGGAGCCCGCUUUGGGGACGAAAAUCGAGAGGAGGGAGGUGGAGAGCUUGCCUCAGGAGGUCAAGAGGGAACCCGCACCCGCUGAGGAACCUGGGGCGGUUGAUCAGAUGCUACCCAGUGCUGCUAGUGGACAGGGCUGUGGCGAUGAUAACUCGAAUCCACCGAAGGAGAGGACUGCUACUUCUUAUAUUCACGGGAAUACAACGAGUGGGAAGUACAUUCCCAGAAUAGCGGACGGUUGGCACAGAAAUACCGAAAAUGGUGAAUUAGUACCGAACGAGUGGAAUGUAUUCGACGUAGCCCAGUUUCUACGUGUAAAUGAUUGUGCAACAUACUGUGACAAUUUCAGUAAACGUAAAAUUGACGGUAAAACAUUACUCACCCUAACGAAGGACCAAAUCAUAGAUCUAACCGGCUUCAAAGUUGGCCCAUCACUGAAAAUAUUCGAUCUGAUACAACAGUUAAAAAUCAAAGUUAAUCCAGCUCAGGAAAGGUUGAAACUAGGACUGAAAAAAAUAUUAUAACAAAGAUAGAACUUUUAGAGUAAUUUCUUUUUGGGUACUUUUCGAUUUCCCCGUGGAUUUUUCGAUUUUUUUACUUAGGGUAAUCAUGGAAUAUGAUAAGGCGUGUGACUAAGGUUAAGUGUAUUAUUGUCGAAUUAUUUUUCAUUUCUUUCUUUCGAGCAGAAUGACUUUAACUCGUGAUUAUUGGAUGGAAGAUGAAAGAUUGGUUAGUUGCUUAAGUCGACGAUUUUCUCGAUAAAUUAUCAAUGGGGAUUCACAAUUUUUUUUGUCUGUAAUGAAGUGAAGGCGUAAUCAUUGACCUUGAUAGUCUUCAAAUAGUCAUGAAAUGCGAAUAGUGCCAUUGAAAUUCUAUCCGAAGCUAUAGUUUAAGUGUUUCACUUCAUUACAGAUAAUUUGGCAUGGAAAAAGUAGUACUCCUCUGACUUUUCGAUCCACAGACGUAGUGAUGAAUUGUUUUAUGGCUUUUUAUUCGAGUAAUCGUUCGUUGUAUAUAUGGGAAUAAUGGCCUUGUAAUCUACGAUCCUGUACAUAUUAUAUUUAGUAGCACUUGAUGCUAAAGUAUGCAAUUAUUGAGAGCCAAUGCAGCCCUAAAUAGUCCGAUAAAUCGUAACGCGUAGCGAUUAGGUGAAAAUAUCUGGAAUUGUUCAGCUGUCAAGUGGGCGAAUGUAACGGGAGGAGACUGUUUUUUUAGCUUUUCAUUUACGUAAAUGUAAAUUAUUAUUAUUAUUUGAAUUUUUGUCCGGUAAUUACUCAUUUUUGAAGUAGCUCUAUGUUUCGUUCUACCACUUUGAUGCUGAAUUGAAACAAAACAAAUCAAAUUGUUUUCGUGUUCACUGAAAUGUGCAAGUACACAUUAUUUAUCUGAAUCACGCCGAAUUUGGUAGUUAUUUUUACACUGGUGCAUUACGACUGUACAAACACAAUAGGUAUACAAUAAUUCGAUUAAAUAAUCGAAUUAACCACGAAUUUCUGCUCCAAUAAUUCUGAAUUGAAGAGAUAAAAUAUUGAUGGACUGCAAUUAUUCGGUGCGAGACGAGUAGAUAAUUUUUUCAGAUAUUCUGAAUGUAAAUGAACAAUUGAGGAGAGAAAGAACUUCAUAACAAUUCAAUUUCAUCGAUCAUGAAAUUAUUUCGUCAAAUAAGUGACGAUAAAAGAACUGUCCAUCAUUUUACGUCUCCACUUCAUAAUUCACCUCUCCUCCCCCGCCCCCUGAAGCCACUUACCUCACAAAAAAAAACAAAAUGAACAUUUUCAUUGAUUGAAGAUAAAGGGAGACGAAUUUGAAUCCGAAAAAACUCAAUUUUUUAUACAAACAAGGGAUGAACGCAAUUUAUCAACUCAAUCCCCAAAAUAAUCGCCUUUUUUUCACGAAAAGUAUGAAUUAUCAUUGGUCUCUUGUUAUCAAAUGUUGAUAACAAUAAUGUACGGUAUAAAGUACAUUAAUUCGAUAGUAAUAAUUAAAAUUUACAUUAGGCUAAAAUUAAGGUGAAGCCAAUAAUUGUUCAUUUCAAAUGAAAAACAAAAAAUUGUGCAAGAAAGUCGUUCUCUGGUUGAACGAAUAUCUCAUUCUACUAUUUAAAAGAAGGCAACUGUUAAGAACACGAGACUAUUUCUAGAGUUGUCUGUCCAUAUCUUAUAGACAAAAACAAAACCGAGUGAGAACAUUUCAUCUGGGAAAAUUAUUAUUUCGUAUUCAAAGUUAUAUUAAGUUACUCAUCGCUAUAAUUUCCAGUAAAGGUUUAAUUGAUUUAUCGAUAAUAAAAAGAAACAGAUGGCAAUUAUGUAUUUUUAUCUGAUGCUAAUGUGGAAUUAAUUACAGUAUUUAUGGGAAGAUGGGAGAGUGGAGGGAUGAAGAAUCGCCUCGUAUCAUUCGCCAACUUAUUCUUAUAUUUAUGAUUUUAUAAAUGGAAUACAAGAAUAAACGUUUUACACGCAUAA